UUUUAAGUGGUUUAGCUAACAGAGAACAGCCGGUGACGUAGCGUCCGCCAUAUUACACCGCGACAUACAGUGUAUUAUUUUUUUUUAUUUUCAAAAAAAAAAGUCUUUAAUAAAAUUUUUUAUAAAAAAAAUUAUUGUAUAUUAAAAAAAUAUUAAAAUUUUUUAUUGCUUGUUUUCUUUUUUUUUUCUGUCGUAAUAUUGUCAAAUUAAAAGUACUAAAAUUAAAAGAAAUUUUUACUUAAGUAUAAAAAAAAUCUAAAAAGGAAUAUUUUUGUUGUUGGUAUUCGGAAUCAAAAAUACUGCAUUAUUGCGAUCUUUAUGGUCUCUACUACAUUCUUGCCUUACAACUUAUUAAGAACGUUUUUUUUCGAUACUUUCAUUAAAGCAGUAACAAUAAUAACAAUAAUAAUAAAAAAAUAAUACAACAAAAUAAUAAAAUUAAAAAAAAUUAAAGUUGAAUGUGAAUUUUUUUGUGCAAUUUUCAAAUAUUUAAAAUAAAAAUAUUAACAAAAAAAAAAUAUUUUAAGGAUUUUAAUAGUACAAUUUAAUGUUAAAUUAAAAUUAAAAAAAAAAAAAAUUAGUUUUGCAUCGCUUAUAAGAAUUUCUGUUUUUUUUUCUUUUUUUUUUUUAAAUAUUGAAACUCUCUGUGAAUAUUUUUGAAAUACAAAAUUAUAUACAAAAAAAAAAAUAUGCAAGUUAUAUAAAAGUAAUAGUAAAUAAAUAAAUUAAAGGAAAAAUAAAAAAAUUGAUUAUGUUUAAUGAAACCGGCCCGGCCCGUCUGUAAAUUAAAAAAAAAAAAAAAACAAAAAAAAAAUAAAUAAGAAAAAAAAUCGGUGUUGUGCAAUUUUUGUUAUCACACAAAAUCAAUGCCAUAUUCAUGCUCAAAAAGAAAAAAAAAAUCUACAUUUAAUAUUCAAAUUUAAAAUUUUUAAUCCAAAAUUAAUUGUAGCCUAAAAAAAUAAUUUAUAUAUAUAUAGAGAGAAAAUAUCAAAAUCGUCAAUAUUAAAAUUUAAUAAUUAAAAUUUAACUAAAUACAAAUUAAAAAAAAAAUAAUAAGAAAUGGCAGAAGGAAAUGGAGAAAUAAUUGAAGGUGCAACCAAUUUAAAAACUGAUGAUAGAGGAGAUGGACAAAGAACUGAAGAUUAUCCCAAAAUUUUGGAAUAUGGCUUAGAUGAAAAGGUUGCUGAAAAAUUAGAUGACAUCUAUAAAACUGGUAAAUUAGCGCAUAGUGAACUAGAUGAACGUGCUUUAGAUGCAUUAAAAGAAUUCCCAGUAGAUGGUGCUUUAAAUGUACUAAGUCAGUUCCUUGAGUCUAAUUUAGAGCAUGUUUCAAAUAAAUCAGCCUACUUAUGUGGUGUUAUGAAAACAUAUAGACAAAAAAGUCGAGCUAAUCAACAAGGAAUUACGACACCGUCAACGACUGUGCAAGUUAAAGGACCCGAUGAAGAAAAAAUUAGAAAAAUUUUAGAUCGUACAGGAUACACUUUAGAUGUAACAACAGGUCAACGCAAGUAUGGUGGACCGCCUCCUAAUUGGGAAGGUCAGCCGCCAGGAAAUGGUUGCGAAGUUUUUUGUGGAAAAAUUCCUAAAGAUAUGUUUGAAGAUGAAUUAAUACCGUUAUUCGAAAAAUGUGGAGUAAUUUGGGACUUGAGAUUAAUGAUGGAUCCAAUGACAGGAACGAAUAGGGGCUAUGCUUUUGUAACAUUUACAAAUCGUGAGGCAGCAAAUAAUGCAGUUAGAGAGCUCGAUAACUAUGAAAUAAAACCUGGAAAAUGUUUAAAAAUUAACAUAAGUGUUCCGAAUCUGCGCCUUUUUGUAGGAAACAUACCUAAAUCAAAAGGCAAAGAGGAGAUAUUAGAUGAAUUUGGUAAACUAACAGCCGGUCUAAUUGAAGUGAUAAUAUAUAGUUCUCCUGAUGACAAAAAAAAGAACAGAGGCUUCUGUUUUCUGGAAUAUGAAUCACACAAAGCAGCUUCAUUAGCAAAACGUAGACUUGGAACUGGAAGGAUAAAGGUCUGGGGAUGUGAUAUUAUUGUCGAUUGGGCAGAUCCACAAGAAGAACCGGAUGAACAAACAAUGAGCAAAGUCAAAGUUCUUUAUGUUAGAAAUUUAACUCAAGAUAUUAGUGAAGAAAAACUAAAGGAACAAUUCGAAAACUUUGGAAAAGUUGAAAGAGUUAAAAAAAUUAAGGACUAUGCUUUUGUUCAUUUUGAAGAUCGUGAUAACGCUGUUAUAGCAAUGCGCAACCUUAAUGGCAAAGAAGUUGGUAAUUCUAAUAUAGAAGUAUGUAAUUUUUUUAUAUUUUUUGAAUUAUGGAAAAGAGAAAAACAUAAAUAUUUUUAUAUUUUAAAGGUGUCUUUAGCAAAACCCCCUUCAGAUAAAAAAAAGAAAGAAGAAAUUUUACGAGCUAGAGAACGUAGAAUGAUGCAAAUGAUGCAGGGACGAAUCGGAGCAGUAGGGAUUGAAGAUAUCCCGAUUCCUCGAAAUAUAUCACCAACAUAUCCAUCUAUGAUGCCGAUUGGAACACCUUUAAGAGGUCUAGCUCCAAGAAUACCAUUAAGAACUCCAAUGGCUACACGCGGUGAUUAUGAUUAUGACUACGACUUUUAUGGUUAUUCGGAUUAUCGUGGUGGAUUCAAUGAAUCAUAUUAUGAAGACUAUUAUCGUACUUUUGAAGGAGAUUACUUUUUUGAUUAUCCACCAUGUGGGGUAUCACCAUCCGGAGGGCCCGUUGGUGGACCACAAAGAACUACUAAAAACAAUGUGGGGGUUGGACUUGGACGUGGAACCACGGGGCGUGGCCGAGUCGUUGGGCUCCAUGGCAACAUCAAUCGUCUGGGGGUCCCACCGGCAGUGGCGGUGGUGGCGGUGGCAUCUCAUCGAGUGGCCACCGCGGGGGUUCUGGAAACACCAGGGGGGGUCCAUGGGGUGGGACAAAUUCGUCCCAAAGAUCGUGGCAUCCAACGCGCCAAGCCGCUACAAAAUUUACCAGCACUAGUAGUAGUCGGUAAACGUAAAUUUGAUGGAAGUCACCAAAAUCCAGGAGAUACAAAACGACGUUAUGCAAGCGGUUUGAUAGGAAAUAGUAGUUCAUGGGGUAGUCAACCUCUACCCCAACAGCCAUUAGCAACUAACGGAGAGCAGUGGUAUACCGACACUUAUCCACCAUGGAGUUAAAAUUUUUUAUUUAGACUAUAAAUCAUGAUUAUUAAAAAACAAAAAUAACUUUUAAAAAACACCAAUAUAAAAAAAAACAAAAGAAACAAAAAAAAAUAAUAUUUUUUCAUUUAAAAUAUAUUUUGUGAAUACAAUUAAUUUUUGAUCACACUAAGCAAUUUCAGAAAAUAAUAACAUAAAAUAAAAAUAAAAUAAAAUGUAGUGCAAAACACCCAAUUUUUGAAAAAUUCUAAUAUGUUAACGACCAUUUUGCUCAUUACGUUUUUUUUUAAAUGCCACACAUUUAUGAUUAUAUGUACAUUUUUGUUCUUUUAUCAUAUAGCA